AUGGGAACCAUUGUGACUGGUGAUGAGGAAGCUUUUGAGCAAGGUUUUUCGGGGAUGAGCAGAGAGAGAUGUCUAGAUAGUUCAAUAAACCAAUAUGAUACGGGAGGGUUCAGAUCAUCGAAUGCAAAUAAAGUGGACAAGCUAAUAUCUGAAAUCGAAGCUCUGUUUUAUCCACAGAGUGGGAGUGGGAUAAUAUCAGUCACGGAGAAAGAAAUCAACACUUUGGGCUUUCCAGUAGCUGAAGAAGAUGUCGUAAUAUCAGAAAUAGAAGAGCCAGGAGCUUCAGAAACGAAUCCGAUCGAAUUAGAUUCAGAUGACGAUGACUUCGAUGAAACUGCAACUUUAAUGGAGGCACCGGUAACCACACUGUCGAGCAUGUACGAAUAUGAUACGAGUCCCUUGCGUAACAAGAAGGCGAAAAAUGAAUUCAAUGUAGCAGAGAUCCUAGAUGAUAUUGAAGCAUUCCACGAAAAUUUGGCACGAAAGUUCAACGUUUUUGAUUACCAACUAAAUUGCUUCGAAGAACAAAAUAAGCAUGAUAGUGAAAGGUUGAAAGAACUCGCUGAAAAGACUCAUAUAAUAACUAACAAGAUAACCAGACUCAAUCAUGACGCUUCUGAUAUGAAAAGAGAAUUCGUGAAUAUAUUGAUAGAAAGAAGCGAAGAAAAUGGACUGAUUUCCGCAGACCUCCUUCCUCAAGCGGUGGAUCUCAGGCUCACAAAGCUCACCGAGGAGGACAAAAUAAUAAUCGACAAACUAGUCAAAGGAACUUCGCCAGAGGUAGGGGAUCAAAAUAUUCUGUUUGCCUUAUUCUCCAUACCUUUGGCAAUUACCCUAUUAAUUACAGCAUAUAUUUACCAUGAAAUUACUAGCUAUUUUAAGCGAUUAAAGCUUAUAAGUAAAUCCUAG